CUAGGAUGCGUAUUUAACCACUCUGACGCCCGAACAAGAGACUACUUUAUCCAGCCAGUUCUUGCAGAAUCUGAGACAAGCUCUAUCUUCCCCUUCUACGAGUGCAUUGCCGUCACUGCGUGGCUGGCAAUACUACUACGACCUCAUUCUGAGAUGGCAGGCGCGGCGAAAUAUCCUGAUUCAGCCUCAGAAUGGCUACCUUAUCGGUCUCUCAUUACUCGUCUUUGGAUGGACGAGAACUUGCCCUUGCGGAAAAUCAUGGAGAUCAUGGAAACUCAGCAUGGUUUCAAAGCAACGAUCAAAAUGUAUAAGUCCAAGCUUAGUGCUUGGGGUCUUUGCAAGCACAAUAAGUUGGAUGACGUGCGCGAGAUUCUUCAACGGCGAGAGAGACGGAAGGCUCUUGGAAAGAAGUCAAUCUUUAUUCUUCGAGGGCGCCCUGUCGACAUGGCCGAUAUUGAACGAUAUGCGAAACGCAAAGGGCUCAAUGUGAGUUUGGAAGAACCUACAACAGCAAAAUCAACCCAGGCACCUUACCUUGUGUGUUGGACUCCGCCACCAACGCCGUCGCCUCUGGAUGCGCCCACCUCAUUGCAAAACGUGGAACACUUCUUACAAUCUUUCAAUGCCUUUGUGCAAGAGUCUCUACGAUCAGGAGCAUGGAGCUUAGCAAACGAGUUUACAGGAUUCGCAUGCAUACGGGGCCCUACGUAUCCUACAAACGCGCGAGAUGGAUUCUUCUUGUCCAUGGAAAGAGGCAUUCAUAGGUAUAAAUGGGGAGAAAUGACACAAGCCUAUCGUCAGUGGCGGCUCGGAUUUUCCAGACUGCCCAGUAUUGUGCGCACCCAAAACCCCUCUCAACUACUCUGUCUACUUGAGCUCGUGGCUCGCUUGGCCAGAUGCAAGCAGGAAGUUGCCGCCUUGUUGCUGCGCUUCUUGGGCGACCUUGUCAAGAAUGAGCAAAACUUCUCCGACACUCGGUUGUCAAUGAUCAGAGGUCUAAGUCGACUCGAAACGGGAAACUUGACUGCACUUGUGGCAGCAUGUUACGAUUGUUGCCGAGAAGCCUUCUGUAACCGCUUUUCUAGUGACUCGUUCUUUCUACUGGAUUCCGAAACUCUCCUCACGACCUCUGGCACGGCUUCAGCCAAAGAUGCGCACGUCGCGAACUUACGACUUAACGACUGCAUCUCGGGCCAUGAAAUCGACGACUACAAAGCAUUACGAUCUGCAAGGGCCCUCAUGGGGCUUUUGAUGGCCGCUGAGAAACAUAAAGAGGCAGAAUCUGUUGCCUUGAACUGCCUCACAAGAAUGCAUCAGAUGCGCUAUGACGAAGUUGUGGGAGGUGCGUUUUCGCACAUAUACGGUAACCUCGUGCACCUCUACCUAUCAGAAAAGAAUUACGAGAAAGCUUAUCACAACAUGGUCAUGAGGGUCGAGAAUUACUUCGAUAUGUUGGUAUAUCGGAGGGAUCUCCUCGACGACUUUCUCGUUGGGGCGUACUCUCAGCUUGAGUGGCUAACCCGCAAGCUGGGUAGAGAUGGCGAUGCAGACAGAUGGAACCGUGAAUACCACAUCCUCAAACCUCGAACAGAUCGUUUCGCCGAGAAUGAGCUCUCGUGUCUGGAGGCGGCACUUAGCAAGAGCCUCGGGCAACCAUGCGAGCCCGUCGGUUUCGCAGAACAUCAGUGGCUCUCCACUCCCGAAUCGCCACUGGAGACGGAUAUUGAAGGAAGUUUGGCUGCUCCCCCGUGCGAGGGUCACGUCGUCGAUGAGCAGAAGACCGCGAGCAGAUCGUUUCCUACUCUACAGAGAUGGGGAGGUAGAGUCGACGGGCGGGUCGCAUCCCUGAUAUGCACUAUGACCCGAUAA